GCUAUUAAAAAAGAAAUCAUUCUCAAUUUAGGUGCGUUUUGCUUUGGUGAUGAUAGAACAGUUAAUUUAUCCAUGACUCUUUUGUCCUACUUUCUUUAUACAAUAAAAAGAAAAAGGAAAUAAAAUGAUAUCAUGGAACCAGUUGACCAGAUUAGCAAGCUGCUGGUAUCCCAAAUUGGAGUGGUUCUUCUGAAGGAUCUGUGACUCUCUCUCUCUCUCUCUCUCGUGAGGUCUCAAAUGCAGUUGUUAAUGGCAUUGGCUAAGCAUAUAGUAGAUCAGUUAUGUGGGUUUAUUUAUUUAUUCUGUAGACACACUAGCCUUUCAUUCUGAGUGUGUUGUCUGUUGAUUACAAUUCUUUGAUUCUAAAAAACACACAUAUCCAAACCCUGAAAUUCUCACUACUUUUUUUCAUCAAAAAAUAGAAGAUGCCAAGUUCAGUUUAGCUCAUUGGUCUGCAUCAUCAUCUUUCUCUUCCCUCCAAAGUCCAAACCACUCUGUAAAAACACUAGUACCUAGAAAAAAGAAUAAACCUUUUCUCUUCCCUCCAAACUGUGCAGGACCUAAUCUACAACAACAAACCCACUCCUCUAUCUCUUUCUCUGGUACAACCUGAUGGGUUUUGGCAACAACAAGUACAAAAUGAGAUUCCUUUCCUCAAAUGUUAACACCCCAAGUUUAUGGGCUUUCAAAGUUCACAACCUUAGCACAAAGGGUUGAAGAAACUUGAAAGGAAAGUAGAUAAAAUCAUCAGAAAUGCGUGGUUUAAAGCUCCCUGAACGUUUCAAGAGCACCCAAGUUCACGCUCUGAGUUCUUCAUCAUCAGAAACCAAUGGUGGGACUAGCAGCAAAGGCAUAGUAACCGCCACAAAACCUCACAACAUUAGCAGACACAGAAUCUGGUCAAAACCCAAAUCCAGCACCAACAAAUCAACCUCAGCAUUUGCAAACCUUGUCCCUCUUCACCUUCCUUCCACCGACACCAUUGAACCAUUCCUAGAAUCUCACCUCAAACCCAUCAAUCCCAUAGAGACCUUAGCAGAACUCUAUCAUCGCAUAGAGUGCUGCUCACAGUCCGAGAAAGCUUCACUCUAUGUGGAACAGUUCUCUCUCUUGCACGGCCUCGGUGACCAGAAGAUUCUCCGAAGAUGUCUCAGGACAGCGCGACAGAACGCUGAGGAUGUGUUGUCAAAGGUAGUGUUGUCUGCGUGGUUGCGGUUUGAGAGGAGGGAUGAUGAGCUUGUUGGUGUUUCUUCAAUGGAGUGUGGUGGGUAUGUUCUUGAAUGCCCAGAGAAGAAUUUGGAACAUGGGUUUAGUCUCUGUUCGAUUGAUGAUCGCUGUGAGUGUCAGCAAGAGCCAAAAGAGGAAAGUGUAAAUGAGAAUCUGUGGUUGCUUGGUGAGGAAAGUGAUGUUUUGUUUUCUGUUGGGAAUGAAGAAAUCAAUUGUGUUAGGUGCAGAAUUGCUGCACUUUCAGACCCAUUAAAUGCCAUGCUUUAUGGUGGUUUUGCAGAGUCCCAAAUGGGGAAGAUUGAUUUCUCAGGAAAUGGGAUAACCCCAGAGGGAAUGAAGGCAGUGGAAUUUUACAGCAGGACCAAAAGAUUGGACCUUCUCUCUCCCAUGACUGUUUUGGAGCUUUUGUCCUUUGCCAAUAGGUUUUGUUGUGAGGAAAUGAAGUCUUCCUGUGAUGCCCAUUUGGCUUCAAUUGUUGUAAAUAUUGAAGAUGCAUUGGUACUUAUUGAGUAUGGAUUGGAAGAGAGAGCCACUCUUCUUGUAGGCUCUUGCUUACAGAUGAUGCUAAGAGAGCUUCCUAAUUCUCUGUAUAAUCCAAAAGUGGUAAAAUUGUUCUGUAGUUCUGAGGCAAAGGAAAGGUUGGCUAUGGUGGGGUGUGCUUCUUUCUUAUUAUACUAUUUCCUGAGCCAGGUUGCUAUGGAGGAAAGCAUGGUUUCUAAAACUACAAUGAUGUUAUUGGAGAGAUUAGGGGAGUGUGCUAGAGAAAAGUGGCAGAAAGCCCUUGCUUUUCAUCAAUUGGGGUGUGUGUUGCUUGAAAGGAAAGAAUAUAAAGAUGCUCAGCAUUGUUUUGAGGAAGCAGUUGAGGCAGGUCAUGUUUAUUCCAUGGCUGGUGUGGCCAGAACCAAGCACAAGCAGGGUCAACCUUAUUCAGCUUAUAAGUUAAUUAGUUCUCUCAUAUUUGAGUAUAAACCAGCUGGGUGGAUGUAUCAGGAGAGAGCAUUGUAUAAUAUGGGUAGGGAAAAGAGUUUUGAUUUGGAUGUUGCCACUGAAUUGGAUCCCUCCCUUUCCUUUCCAUAUAAAUAUAGAGCCCUGGCAAAGGUGGAGGAGAAGAAGGUAAAAGAAGGAGUCAUGGAGCUAGAUAAGUUUAUUGGGUUUAAGCUCUCCCCUGAUUGCCUUGAAUUGAGGGCUUGGUUGUAUAUUGCACUUGGGGAUUAUGACAGUGCCGUGAGAGACAUUCGCGCGUUGUUAACCAUAGAGCCAAAUUACAUAACUUUACAUGGGAGGAUCAAAGGGGAAUGCUUGGUCCAACUUCUAAGCCGUGGAAUUCAGAAGAGUCAGGCUGAAUGCUGGAUGCAAUUAUACCAACAAUGGUCUUCUGUAGAUGAUGUUGGUUCUUUGGCUAUUAUACAUGAGAUGCUAGAGAAAGAGCCUGGAAAGAGCGUGCUCGAGUUUCGUCAAUCUCUACUCCUAUUGAGGUUAAACUGUCAAAAGGCUGCGAUGCGCAGUUUGAGGAUGGCCAGAAACCAUUCUAGCUCAAUGCAAGAAAGUCUAAUUUAUGAAGGAUGGAUUCUAUACGACACCGGUAAUCGUGAAGAAGCUCUUACAAGGGCUGACAGAUCCAUUACAAUUCAGAGAACGUUUGAAGCUUUUUUCCUAAAAGCAUAUGUGUUAGCAGAUUCUAGUCUAGACCCUGAAUCUUCUUCUUAUGUUAUCCAGCUUCUGAAAGAAGCACUUAAAUGUCCUUCAGAUGGUCUUCGCAAAGGACAAGCACUGAAUAACUUGGGGAGUAUAUAUGUGGAUUGCGGUAAACUAGAACUUGCAAAGGAAUGCUACAACAACGCGCUUGCAAUUAGGCACACCAGAGCUCAUCAGGGUCUGGCAAGAGUUUAUCAUCAGAAAAGUCAAAGAAAAGCUGCAUAUGAUGAGAUGACCAAGCUAAUUGAGAAGGCGGAGAGUAAUGCUUCAGCAUAUGAAAAACGAUCAGAAUACUGUGACCGUGAGAUCGCAAAGGCCGAUCUUGAUGUUGCAACACAACUUGAUCCUUUAAGGACAUACCCUUAUAGAUACAGGGCAGCAGUGAUGAUGGAUGAGCAAAAGGAAACUGAAGCUGUAGAGGAACUCACAAAGGCCAUAAAAUUCAAGCCUGACGUGCAAAUGCUUCAUCUGCGAGCAGCAUUUUACGAGUCAAUGGGAGACCUAUCCUCUGCUAUCCAAGACUGUCAGGCAGCUCUUUGCUUAGACCCCAACCAUGCUGGCACACUUGACCUGUAUCAAAGGACACGCAAAUUGAACAUCUAAUCUUAAACUAUAUGUGCAUUAGAGAAAAAAAAAAAGUGGUGGUUUCGGUAAGAGAGUUUUGGGAGCAUCCCCAAGGACUGUGGAAAAGGAAAAGAAACGCACGAAGCAAUACUUGUUUGGAUGAAACAAGAAAAAUAUGGAUAAUAGAGAUUGAGUUGUGUUUAUACAUUAUAUCAUCAAAUAGGGAGGGUGAUUCAGGUGUAAAUCAAAAGAGUAUCAUAGCAGUAACACCAUUGAUAUUAUAUAGAUUCUUGUGAGCCAUGGACACAGAAUGUCUUGCACUAUUUACACUUCCUCUUGUACAGAUACAGGGUUAUAAAACAGAUUGAUACCUCUUGUUUUCA